AUGUCUCUGUUUUUGUGUGCCAUUUUCUUGCUCCACCUUUCAUCCCUGUCCACCGCUGCCAACUUCAACCUGGUCUACGAAUGGCAUGAUGAAAUUGACUACGAGUGGCCGUCGGAGGCCAGCAGGACAAAGGCCUUAGGAGACGGAGCUUUCGAACCAGAGAAAAUUGAGCCUCGUUUCUUGGCUGUCUACGGAACAAGGCUCUUCCUCAGCCUUGAGAAACAUGGUAGCAAUCCAGUCAGUCUGGUGUCUUUGCCGACGACCAGCACGUCUUCUGCACCUCCGAAGCUAACUCCGUUCAGCUCGUGGGAGGAAAAUGAAGAAGAAAACCGAGAAAACUGCCACCAAAUUCAACAGGCCAGAGGGCAGGAGGUUGACUCCGUCGGAAGGCUAUGGGUGCUUGACAACGGUGCUAAAAAAUGCAAUGCCAAACUGUGGACCAUCGACAUAGCCAACAACGAUGAAACCAAACUCAUUCAUGAGUUUCCUUUUCACUAUUCCAUGCAGGACUUGGUGCUCGACGAAACGCAAAACGGAACAUACGUUUUUAUCACUCAGACGGAAAAACAGUUGAUCAGAGUUAUACUUGUGGACGGAAUUGUUGUAAAGGAUGCUUUCGUCGUAUAUAUCAAAGACAUGAAUGCAUCAUCUAUUGCCCUGUCCCCUAAGGCGGAACAGAGACACCUCUACAUCAGCAGCUCCUACUCCAAUGAACUGUAUUCGAUUUCCGUCGCCGAACUACAUUCCGGAACGAAAACUACAACUCCGAAACGAAUCGGAAAAUGGACAGGGAAACCAUACAGAAUGCUGAUGGACAACCAUGGGACCAUUUAUUCUGCCUUCUUGGGUAAGAAUUACGUCUCCACAUGGAAAACUUCCCAGCCGUUUGCAGAGCAAAAAUUUUUCGAGGUCGCUGAACCGCAUUCUUCUUCUUUGCCCUUUUCCUUCGCCUUGGAUGAAGGAACGUUUUGGCUGACGGCGAUAGGAACAAACAAUGGAAAGCAAAACUACAGGAUAUUGAAAGCUGCUGUCGGAAGUAAAUCGUACAUCCAUGAGGACCAGUCUGAACAAUCCAUCUUGUGGAACAUCACCCUAUUCGGGUUGGUCUUUUUCGGCCUUGCCCUAACAUUUUUGGCCAUUUCGUGCAUCGUCCUGAGACAGAAAAGGAUCAAUUCCCUUUUGUCAAUCAGGAACGAGAGCCACGAAAUGGUCAUUUUUCAGAGGCAAGCCGAAAAUGUUAUGUAGUGUACCGCGCCCCUUCGCGCGUGUUCUUGGCGCAUGCGUGUGACGUUGAACUUAUCUUUUGUUUUUCGCCGUGUGCAUAAGUGGUAGAUCAGACCAAUUCUUGUCAUCCAAUGUGAUUUUUAUUAAGAUUAAUAAUUAAAUGCUCAACUUUGUACUAAGAAUCUAAUGCGCAACAAGUAAUGUAAACAAUAACUGCCAUAAUUAAUAGAUUGUUGACUGAUUGAAAUUAGUAUUUUUCCUAUUCUAAUACUCCAUUCACUCGAUCGAAUAAAAUCAUCUCACACAACACACAAGCCACUGCUUUUCUCUGCCUGCGCAUACCUUCCAUAUUGAGUACUUCAAUAUA